GUUGUCAGAUAAAUUGAAAAGAAACUUUACCUUAUUUUAUUUCAUUUCUUCUGCUCUCAUUAUAUUAGCAGCCCAAAAAAAACAUCAGAUUCCCAAUCAUCCCCUCCACUGUUUGGGAAACAACCAUAAUUGCACCCAACAAGACCUUUCACCAUAGAAACCUGAGCUCCUAAGUUACCCACUUCUUUGAUCUUCCAAUUAUAUAAGUCCAUCAAUCUCCAUCAACUUUCCCUCACCUUGCAUGAUGGGCACUAACUCUUCUGUGAGUGGCUUCUACAACUUCCUCAACCAAGGACUCAAUGAACUCCACCAAUCCUUCCUCUCCCACACCUUCAUGUCAUUCCAAUUCCUCUCUCAGGUCAUCUCUUCUCUCCAAUCCUUCCAUUCCCAACUAACCAUUUUGGUCCGCAAGCUCAGGUUGCCUGUUGGAGGCAAAUGGUUGGAUGAAUACAUGGACGAAAGCUCAAGGCUUUGGGAUGCUUGCCAUGUACUCAAAUCAGCCAUUUCUGGAAUGGAGAAUUAUUACUCAGCUGCCUCCAACAUAGCUUCUUCUUUGGAUGGUUACCAUCACUUUACUCCAGAAAUUUCACGUCAGGUUAUUAGGGCAAUAAAUGUCUGUCAAAGGGAUAUUCUAGGAUUGGAAGAGGAGAACAAGAGCUUAUUGGAAACAAGGAUUGAACCGUUGUCCCAAUGUUUGAUUCAGAACAUUUCAAUGGAAUCAAAGUUAAAUGGAUUCAGUGGAUUCAGAGGUGUUCUCUAUGCAAUGAGGAGUGUCAGUUCAUUGCUUUUGAUGAUUCUGCUAUGCGGGCUUGCAUAUUGUUGGUCUUCCUCAUGCUUUCACCAAGGUUACGAGGGGCACGUGGUGUUUGGAUCUGGCUUCAUGGUUUCAAUGGCAAUAUUACAGCAGAAAGUGGCAGAGGAGAUAGACCAGAUUGAAGGGCAGCCAGGGAUUCUGCUGUUUGAGUUCCAACAAGCAAAGAGUGCCAUGGAGGAACUCAAAGUGGAGUUGGAGAGAAUAGCAGCUUAUGCUGAGAUCCAAGAAAAAGUUGACAACGUUAAGAGUUGCUUUGGUUUGUUGAGAUGUGGGGUCGAGACUAUAACGGGGCAACUUGAUGAUUUCUUCGAUGAAAUAGUAGAAGGAAGGAAGAAGCUUUUGGACAUGUGCAGUCAUAGGUAGAAACUAGAAACCAAGCAAUUUGGAUAUACAAAACCAAAGCAAGAGGGAGGAAAAUGUUAGAAAAUGAAGCAAUGUUGUCAUCCCCUUCUUAUGCAUUAACCUUUGCUCUUUCUUUGUUUUAUUUUUCAAAAUUCCUUAUUAAUAGUCAAUUGAUUGAUCAUUGAUAAGUGCAAGCUAGGCUAUUUUGUUAAGCCUUGAAGAAGUUUCUGAUAAAACAACCCAAGGAAGAAAAUUUUUCUAGCGAGGAAAAAAAAAAAAUGUGAUUCUUGCGUUGAAGAAAAGCAACAUUACUAUUAUUCUUCCAUAAGAAACCGGAAUAUUAAGAAGCUGGUGACUUCAAGAGAAAGAAACCAAGGGGCAGUAUUCUCUCAGUGACAAAAAUAUUUACAAAAUAGUAUUUUGAUAAAGUGCUGCUUUCCCUUUAUUUUUUUGGUUUUUUGGGGGUUUAAAUGAUGCUCUCUUUUUUUCUUUAUCUUGCUGGAUCAGAAAUCCCAUGGCAUAUCUCAGUUGUUCAUUUAAAAUAUAUCUGUGGAGUCAAUGAGAAUCUUUUUGUGAAGCAACUAGACUAGACAUCAGUUCUAUUCUAUUCUAUUCUGUUCUGUUCACUCUAUCACAAUUUUGUAUUCUAAUGGUUGUGCAAAGUUAUCUUGAAUAAAGCUUUUGGAUCUU